ACAAUGACGCAAAUGUGCCUGCGAAUAAUGGUCGGCGAUCCCUGCAACGACGACCUAUCCACGCAAUCCUGUAUUGCAAUGUCCACUGUGCUGCAUGGCAGCUGCCCACCACAAGCGUUUUGCAAUUCUGUCCUCAAGCUUGCGUCGUUCCUGAUGCAAGCUCUCGGACAGGUAGCAUUUUCUCUGGAAUAUUUGUGCAGCGGUGAAGGUAUCGGCGCAACGGCCGAAAGGCUAGAGGCCGUUCUGUGCCAUAUUUUAAUUCCUCUUUUCCUCCGUGCCGCAGCGUCGAAGAAAGAUACUCCUCAAUUUCAAUUAAAGGAUCUCAUAUUUUGUCUCAAUUUGAUGCAGAAUGCUGUGAACCCUCCGUUGGCAAAGCAAAGUCUAGCACCAGUGACCAAUGUCAGUGGACGACAAAGUUCAGUAUCAGUGACGGAACGUGGUCACUCAGCGACCGUUUCAACUUACCGCAUUGUUAGAGAAACCGUUUGUCAAGCUAUUUUUUUGGCUCUAAAGGUGAUGAUGAUUGCGUUCGAGAAGCAAAUGGUGAUGUUGUGGCCGCGAGUCGCCAAAAUAAUCCGUGAGUUACUAGGCAAAAAGGUUGGCGGCCCCGCGCUGUAUUCUUUUGUGGAUUUCGUUGUUGAUGUCAAUCUGCCCAUUUCACUAAUAAUUCUGCCCGUCUUGCAAACUAAG